AUGCAGCGAACAAACGAGUACUUUUCUAUUACAAUUUGUGUUCUUAUUUGGACGAUAGAUAUUAGUGGAAAAAUUGUAACCGUUGGAUCCAGUGAAUGGGGCACUCUUUGCAAGCUAAACGUGUCGGAUUUCCACCCAGAGAGCAUUGGGAAGCAAAAUCGAUUGCUGUCACUGUUUCCGGGUCUGCAUAGUCUCUAUACUUGGUAUAAACCCACCCACAGACCGUGUUGCUUCCCGCAGACAUGGGAGUCUGAAUUCAUUGUUCACACAAGGCGCAUCGGUCGGCGUCCACGGAGCGACCGUUGCCUAUACCGCAUCCGUCGAAACAGCACAAAUCCACCGACAAUCGAGGCGGUUAUGGUGAUCGGACAGACAGUGCUCUCCAACAGGCUAUGUGAGGAAUGGAGAGGACCGCACUUGAAGGUGUGCCCCAAAGAUGAGAAGGAGUGCCUUCAUAUGCCCUAUCUGGGGGAACCUAGAUGCAUUUCGGAGGAAAACGGAUUCCACUACGUCCCCGUUUCAGAAGCACUGCAAAGGGAACUGUGGUUUACUGACGCGAGAAUUCCUACAGGCGGAGUCAAACGCCAUCUUUAUACGUUUUCACGAAAGUACGAAGUCUGUCGACUAGAACGCUACCAAGUUCUCGUCGGGCAGUAUGUUGACUCAAAGAGCGACUGUCGCAUGAUGUUUCUUAUGGACCAGCUAUUUAUACCGAGUCCAGGAACUUUUAAUGCCAACUUUGAGCAGGAUAUCCUAGACGGUAUGUUCCGAUGCUAG